AUGCCGCAGGCUGCGAGGUGGGCGGGGACGCCGUCUAUCAAGGGUCGGAAUGAGUCCACGAGGAUGGCGCUUUUGACGUUUAGUCUACUGGGACUGCAGUUCACGUGGGGCACUGAGAUGACCUACUGCACGCCUUACCUUCUUCAGCUCGGUUUGACGAAGUCUAAGACUUCGUUGGUGUGGAUUGCUGGUCCGUUGUCUGGAUUGAUCAUCCAGCCACUUAUUGGCGUUAUUGCGGAUCGGUCACGGUCGAAAUGGGGUCGGCGCAGACCUUUCAUGGUCUUUGGGUCGCUGGUCGUCGCUUUUUGUCUGAUUGUUCUUGGCUGGACGUCGGAGAUUGUUGGGUUAUUCGUUAAGGAUCCGGAAAAGGCGAAGAAUGGCACGAUUGCGCUGGCCGUCUUGAGUAUCUAUGCGGUGGACUUCUCCAUCAACGUUGUACAAGCAUGUUGUCGCAGUCUGAUUGUGGAUACAUUGCCUAUUCCAUCGCAGCAAGCUGGAUCCGCCUGGGCUGGGAGAAUGUGUGCCAUCGGUCAGCUCUUUGCAUAUAUUGUCGGCGCAAUUAAUACCGUCAGCAUCUUCGGCACCUUCCUAGGAGAUACGCAGUUCAAGCAGAUGACAGUGAUCGCUGCUAUGUUAUUAGUGUUUGCCGUCGCAGUCACCUCAUAUUCAGUCCGAGAGCGAGUUCUGAUCACAGCACGGGAUGAUGGAAAAUCCGGCGCUAUCCAAGUCCUCUCUCAGCUGUUCAAAACCACCUUUGAAUUGCCCCCUCGCAUCCAAGCAAUCUGCUGGGCUCAAUUCUGGGCGUGGAUUGGCUGGUUCCCCUUCCUCUUCUACAGCACGACCUGGGUCGGCGAAACCUACUUCCGCUACGAAGUCCCAAAAGACGACAUGGCCAAAUCAACCGAUAUGCUCGGCGAAGUCGGCCGCGUAGGCAGUCUCUCACUAACAGUCUUCUCAUCCAUAACAUUCCUCAGCUCCGUCCUCCUCCCCUUCUGCAUCCAGUCCCCAGACACCAAGCGCACAAAAUUCACCCCCCGACCACCACCCGGGUUCGCCGGCGUCCUCAAAGCCAUCACCUCUGUCCGCCCCGACCUCCAGACCGCCUGGCUAAUCUCGCAAAUAAUGUUCGCCGCAACCAUGAUCUUCGCGCCACUAGCCCACUCCCGCAGCUUCGCAACCUUCCUCGUCGCAGUCUGCGGCAUCCCCUGGGCAAUCAGCGGCUGGGCCCCCUUCGCCUUCAUGGGCGUCGAAAUAAACCGACUAACCAUGGGCGGCUAUUCCCCCGCCGUGCCCGCCUCCCGCUCCGGCGUGACGAUGAUCACAUCCGCCAGUCUGCGCAACGCAGCCUCUGACAACGAGCUCGAUGUCCUCAGGCUGAACCACCGGGAUGAUUCCUUCGACAGCGACACAGAUGAAGAAGAUCCCUCGUCUAAUAUCCCGUCAACCGGUGAAUUGGCUGGUAUCUAUCUCGGCGUGCUGAACGUGUAUACCACGCUACCCCAGUUCGUGGGCACGUUCAUCAGCUGGAUUGUUUUCAGUAUUCUGGAACCGGGCAAGGAGCCGGCGCCGGAUAAACCGGAUGAUACGCAGUGGAUGAACCUCGAUAAGGAUCGGCCGAAUGCUAUUGCCAUUUGUUUGUUUAUUGGGGCUAUCAGUGCGCUUGUGGCGGCUGAGGCUACGAGGCGUUUGAGGUAUAUACUUUGA